AUGGAUCACCUCGCCUGGGAUGGAGCGUCGGAAUUCUAUGUCGCCGUUGAUGAGUGGGACAACUUUGUAAAGUUUAUGAAUAGCGAUAAGUUCAAGACCGUCCUGGCUCCGGAUGGCGCAAAGUUCGCAACUCCCCCUAUGAAGAUUAUAGUCUCCCGAGAAAUUGUGGUGGAGGAUGUUGCAGCUGGAAAAUUAUGUCGAGGAUCCUGA